AACUGUUUUAAGCACUUUAAUUUCUGCUUGUACAACUGAAAUGCAAGUGAUUCUCACAUGAUAACCCCCACUAAUCUUUUUUUUUUAUUUCUUUUAAGCUUAUUCAUUUUGUAUUUUUCUUUUGCAUGCAUAUGAAAUCGUCUAUUUAAGGAGAAAGUAUAGUCAAAUAUUGAUAUAUAAAAAGAGGAUUGUAAAUUUAAAAAUAAAAAUAAAAAUGGUAGUGAAAGUGCAUGGAUCAGCAAUGGCUGCAUGUCCACAAAGGGUCAUGGUUUGCCUCAUAGAGUUGGGAGUCGAUUUUGAACUUAUUCAUGUCGAUCUUGAUUCUCUCGAGCAGAAAAAACCCGAGUUUCUGCUUUUACAGCCAUUUGGACAUGUUCCUGUCAUUGAAGAGGGCGAUUUCAGGCUUUUUGAAUCUAGAGCAAUAAUAAGGUAUUAUGCAGCAAAAUAUGUAGACAAGGGAACCAAACUAACAGGAACCACAUUGGAAGAGAAAGCUCUAGUAGAUCAAUGGCUAGAAGUGGAAUCCAACAACUUCAAUGACUUGGUAUACAACAUGGUACUCCAACUUCUCGUAUUCCCUAAGAUGGGUCACAAAAGUGACAUGACAUUGGUACAAAAAUGUGCCGACAAGUUGGAAAAAGUGUUCGACAUAUAUGAACAAAGGUUGUCCAAGAGCAAAUACUUAGCAGGAGAUUUUUUCUCCUUAGCUGAUCUAAGCCACCUCCCUAGCCUUAGAUUUGUGAUGAAUGACGGUGGCUUUGCACAUUUGGUGACUAAGAGGAAGUGUUUGCAGGAUUGGUAUUUGGAUAUUUCAAGCAGGCCUUCUUGGAACAAAGUGUUGGACCUCAUGAUCAUGAAGAAAUCAGAGAUGUCACCUGGCCCAGCUAAAGAAGCAGCUUAAAAGUUUAAGAAACACUACAAAUCCAAGAUUAUUUUGAUAUGGACGGCGUGGAUGUUGAAAAUUCAUAUAGCCGACUCUAUCUAAUUAAUUUGGAAUUGAAGCGUUGCAACUAGUAUUGCAUAGUUCAACUAGAAUAGAACCUAAAUUGUAUUUGGAGUUGAUCUUCGAGUCUAGUUGUAUUGUAACGGACUAAAAAGAUAAAUUUAAACUAUGAGUUUAAGUUUUCUGCA